GGACAAUCUUCACAACAGAUGAUAAUAAAGACUCAUCCAGAUGGGGUGCCGGUGCUGUAAAGUGAUACAAAGCUAUCUCUUCGAUCCAGUGCAAGUGCCCUCCCCUGGCUACGUCAACGACGUCAGCAGCUGCAAGUUGGAUGAAGAGGACGCUGUGAAAUUAAAAGGCAAGCAGAGCAUCGAAGCCCUGGUGCAUAAGAAUGACCUCCAGAGCGAGGGCUUGAAGGGAACUGGGAGCAGAAGCAGGAGAGCUGGCCCGCAGGAGCCUGGCGGGCCUCCGCAGGGACCGCACCCUGGCCGGGGACACUGUGCGGAGAAGACCGGCAGUGCCGUCAAUGGCAUCGGGCCCACCGCGGCCCUGCAGCCCACCGAGGCUCUGGGGCCCCAGCAGGAUGGCGCGGUGUCCUGGGCCGGUACUGUGAACAGCGUGCACCCCACUCAACCCUCCCUCGAAGGAGGGGACGCCGGGGCAAUGGACCGGGCGCUGCCCGCCUCGGAGGAGACCCCGGUGGUCCGAAAUGGAGACUCCAGAGUCCCUUCCAAGGCAGACCGUCCUGCCACGGACGUACAAGGCCGCAUCCCCCAGAUACCAGCCCCGGAUUACCCUCAGCGCCCGGGCUCAGCUGGAGACAAGGUGGGUCACGAGGAGGAGGAGGAUCUUUUCGGGAGCCAUCCUGCCGAGGCGCCCCCGGAGGCGACGCGCCCCGGCCCGGGGGAGCAGGGCGCGAACAUGCCCUUCGCCAGGAAGAGGAGCUGGGAUUCCUUAAACGAGGCUGUGGCCGCGGAAGUCCUGAGCGUCUACUUUAAAGAAGAGGAUGCCGCCCAGGCUGUGCCUGUGGCGGAGUCGAGAAACGGGUGGGAGGAUGCACAGGGCGGCGCCGGAGACGCGAGUGGGGAGACGGAGGACGAGGACGAGGACGAGGACGAGGACGCGGCGGUGGCGGAAGCCCUGGCUGCUUUAGAAGCGGCUACUGCAGGAGAAGAUGUGGACGAGGAUUAG